AUGGCGGGAGAUAUAGUGGCGUAUCUGCAAGUAAAACUAGCUGGUCGAGACACUGAGGAUACUCGGUCGGGCAUUGAAAUAUACGGGAGCGAACAGUUCUAUCUCGGGAGGCAGUUUUCUGCGUGCCGACGGUCAUGGCCGGACCCCGUGAUAUCUAACCGACAUCUCCGAAUUCACUGCAUCCUGUACGAACAGGAUCCGGUUUCGGGAAUACCACCAUUUGUCUAUGCCACCGAUCUGUCAACUAACGGGACGUACUUGAAGAAAGCUAAUUCAGAAUGUGCAAGCUCGCAGAGCGGGGGCAUCCGUAUGACCCGCAACAGUGCGUUUCUCCUGGACGAUGGAGAUGAACUACGCUUAUCGGACUCGGUCACGCUGGUCUAUCGGUCAGUUACACCAGUCCGGGAGGAGGUUCUAACGCCCGUCCAGCAGCGAGAGAGGCAGAUGUUUGCUCGUCGUUACCUCAUUACCGGUCGUGUUCUCGGAGCUGGUGGAUUCGGUAAAGUCAUGGUCGGCUAUCAUCAAAAGACACAGCGCCAAGUUGCUUGCAAGAUAAUUGACCUCCGACGCAUAUGGCCAAAGCAGCCGCCCUCUCGACUGCGAUAUCCAUCAAAAUACCAUGAGCAAUCACAAGGCAACAACGGGGCGCACACCUCACACUUGCCUGACAGGGUGAAGAAGUGCUUUCGUGAGUUUGAAAUUCUGAAGGAUUUGAGUCACCCAAAUGUAAUUGCAAUUGAGAAGGUGUUCUGGAGUAACGACACUAUAUACAUUUUCCAAGAUCUUGUCUCCGGCGGCGACCUCUUCUCGUAUCUGGAGUAUAAAGGCGGCAAGCUCAAUGACAUGGAAACUGCUGUCAUCAUCAGACAGGUCCUCAAGGGCGUCGAGUAUCUGCAUGGCCAGUCCAUUGUACACCGGGAUCUAAAACCUGACAACAUACUAAUGACCUCUCUUGACGACGGAUGUCGCAUAGUGAUCAGCGAUUUCGGCAACGCCAGGUACCUGCCUGGCCACCCAACAGACUUAUGUAUCAGCUCGACCGCAAACAACCGUCGAAUGCUUUCCUACGCAGGGACAAUGGAGUACGCCGCUCCCGAAAUACACAAGAAAAACAAAAGCAUCCCAGCCGGUGCAGGCUAUUCCAUGGCCGUGGAUAUGUGGUCUAUCGGUGCUAUUACAGGCACACUACUAUCUGGCGAUGUCAUUUUCGCUCCUCCAGGUUGUCCGCGCUCCGAUCCAAUGUAUUGCGAAGCUCUCCUGGAUGUAGCUGCUAGAUGCGACCUUAGUUUCCUGCAGGAUAACACUCACCCAGUCUGGCGAAAUGUGGGACCAAGGCCGAAAGAUUUUAUCAGAAAUCUUCUGGUGCUACAAGAAGAUCGUCGUAUGACCGCGACACAGGCACUGACCCAUCCCUGGUUCUCCAACAGUUAUCAUGCUGCCGCAUUCGAUGCGCUUUACGAGAAGUCUGUACGAGAUUGGCAAGCACGCAGAUCGAACUGCGGGUUGGUCGAACCUGUCGCGGUGACUGGUCACCUACCGCAAUCAAGAUCGAAGCGUCCUCUUCUAACAAAGGAUGUAUUAUCUCGCCACUUCAGACGUCGUCGCGGGUCUUCCACUCACAAGUCUAAUAGACAGGUCGCCGCUUCUCAACUAAGGCGAGCAAAUUCGCCGCUGCCAUCUCUACCGGAGUCACACGAGGAGGAAUGCGCCCAGAGGCUACCGCAGGUUCCAGACUCUUAUCACCAUAUCCAGAGUGUUUGUGCAAACCAACAACUUUCCAAGCAGUCUGCGGAGCAGUACUCUCUCCCCCUCAGAAUCUCGGCCAGGUACAUGUCUCAUGGAAUGAGAAACGAUCCACCAGGUAGCUGUCACCAAGUUGACGAGAUCAUGUCCACUGAGUGGUGCUCCGAGUACAACUUCUCAGUGCCUGCGCCUCCACCUGAAACCCCAAGUGAAGAGGAUCCAGUUCUUGUUCCCGAAACACCGGUGCACCGUCGUAAGAGAGACCGAAGAACAUUUGCGCCUGAUGCCCUUUCUGAUAACAGCAAAACCGUUAACGAACAUGAAGAAGUCCAGGACGCUCGAGAGUCAACCGUAUACUUCGCAAAUCUGACAAAGCGUAGAAGACUGCGCUGUACACCAGCAUAA